AUGAAACACUUUUAUCGUCUUUUAAAUGAACUUGAUCUUUUUGGUUGUGAAAUUAAGUGGAGAAUUGAUGGAUAACAAAAAUUCAAAAGUAAGUUCGGAUCUUUUGUAUCUCUUUGCUUAUUUGUGUUAUUAACUUAUUCAUUCUAUCUAUUUAUCUUAGAAAUGAAUGAGGGAAAGAAUGCUUCUUUGAAUUCUACAGAUGCUCUGUUAUAGGAGAAUUAAGUAAUUAUUUUCCAUUAUGUUAGGGUUUAACAUUUGGCCCAACUGAUUUCUUAUUUUCUGUUGGGGUUGUAGACACUUAUGGCAACUAUAUAUAAAAUGACAUGAAUCAGAUCUUUAGUGUCGUUUUCUAUUAUUGCGAAUAGAUUGACUUAAAGACAAAUUGUGAUUUCAUCCCCAGCGUGCCUUGUGACACCAUAGGUCAAAGCUUCAGUGACGUAAAAUCAAUUAUUAUUAAAGGAUGUAACUCAAAGACAUUCUUAUUGUAUCAAUCCUGAAUACCUGGAGUAAAGGUAAAACAUUACUCUUAAAGGGUCUUUGAGAAUGAGGAACUUUUCCAUUCUUGGAUCAUUAAUUAGGUUUUGUGAAAAUACUACCGAUUUUUCAUGUAUACAUAUAUUUAAACGAAGAUUGUGCACCGAAAGAAGAAAUUUACAAAUAAUUAGCCAGCUCUAAUUUAUUUUACACUUACACAUCUUAUUCUUUUAAUAAGGAGUUGGAAGGGAAUCCCUAUGCUAAAUUCUAAAACACAGAAACCAGUGUAUUAUAUUCUCAAACAACUAAACAUAUUAAAGUUUAAUAGCAAUUCUCACAAGCAACGACAAAUAUAAAUCCUUUUUACUUUUUCCCUUCAGAAUAACCAUAUAGUGCGAUAGAAUAUGAUCAAACAAUAUAUGACACCUAAUAUAAUGAUGGAAAUUCAAAUUUAUUAGCUGAAAUAAUCAUAUAACUCACACAUACACAAUAAAUAUAUUAUAUCUAGUAUUAAACAUUGAUGGACGUCUUAGCUAAAGUGGGAGGUUUUUAUACGGUUUUAAAAAUGAUACUUGACUUUAUAGUUUUGCCAAUUUAAUAAUUGCUUUUAAAUUUCUAUUUGAUUAAGUUAUUAGAACAAUUCAAAUGUAGUAUGAAUGACAAUACUAAAAUAAAGUAAUCUAAUCCUAUCACAGUCAUCAAUUUGAUAAAAGAUGGAAAAAUUCGAUAAUAGUAUUAAGAUGAAAGUAAAUAAAUACAAAAGACCAUGAGUAUUGAUGAAAUACUACAUAUGCAGUUAAAAUUAGAUAAGUUGUUAAAAUCGAUUUAGGAUAAAUCAAAAUGUCCAAAUGAUCAAAUAAAAGAAUUAAUGGAAGAAAAUCCCAGUCCUCAUUCUUAGACUCCAAUUCUAAGUAUCUAAGAAUAAAAGAUUGAAAAUUUGCCUUUAAAUAAUUCAUCUAAAUGA